AUGGCAGAGGAAAACGGGACCGGGGUGAUCGGCUUCCUCCUGAAGGGACUGUCAGACCUGCCGGAGGUGCGAUUCGCGGCCUUUGGUGCCGUCUACACGGCCACGCUCCUGGCCAACGGUGCCCUCCUCCUCGCCCUCCGCGGCGACCACCGUCUCCACACGCUCAUGUACUUCCUCCUCAACACCCUGUCGUUGCUGGACGUCUUCUGCCCCAUGGCCGCGGGUAAGGACGUCUUUUUCCUGGCGGUCACGGCCUCUGAGCAUCGCCUGGCCGUCAUCCGCCCUCUCCACUACGCUGUUCUCAUGGACUGGAGCGUGUGCGUCGCGCUGGCGGCAGGGGCCUGGCCGACCCGCUUCCUCAACUCUCCCCUGCACGUGUCCUUCUCCUUCACGAUGACCUUCUGCCUCUCCAACCUGGUGGACCGGUACUACUGCGACGUCCCUUCGGGGAAGCGCCGGACCUGGUCCAUCUGCACCUCCUGCCUGCUGGCCGUCGGCCUCUUCUACGACCCCGCCAUCAUCACCUACAUCCGGCCAUCUUGCGGCCACUCUCCAGGAAGCAAAAGGCUCCUGGGCAUGCUUUUUGGCGUCCUCAACCCCUUCAUCGACAGUCUGAAGAAUGAGGAGGUCAAGUUGCUGAGACAGAAGUUAGGCCCCCUGGGAUCUCUUUGGCACCCAUAG